AUGGUUCUCUCUUUCAUACUUGUCCAGAAUCGCCAGGGCAAGACCCGACUUGCGAAAUGGUAUUCGCCGUACAGUGAUGAUGAGAAAGUGAAACUCAAAGGCGAGGUUCAUCGAUUGGUGGCCCCACGAGAUCAGAAGUACCAAUCGAACUUUGUCGAAUUCAAGCGAAGCACGAAGAUUGUAUACAGAAGAUACGCGGGUCUUUUCUUCUGCGCAUGCGUUGAUGCGACGGAUAAUGAGUUGGCAUACCUUGAGGCGAUUCACUUCUUCGUGGAGGUCCUAGAUCAAUUCUUCGGCAACGUGUGCGAGCUAGACUUGGUUUUCAACUUCUAUAAGGUAUAUGCAAUCCUAGACGAAGUCUUCCUUGCAGGCGAAAUCGAAGAGACGAGCAAACAAGUUGUUCUCACGAGGCUGGAACAUUUGGAUAAACUGGAGUGA